AUGGGAGACAAGACCGCACUCAUCGUCGUCGACGUCCAGAACGACUUCCUCCCGCCCAGCGGGUCGCUUGCCGUCCCCGGCGGAAGGGAGGUGAUUCCUGUUAUUCAGCAACUGCUCAAGCGCGAUUGGGACGUCGUCGUUGCCUCGCAGGACUACCAUCCUCCGGACCACAUCAGCUUUGCGUCGAACCACCCUGGUGGCGAGGUGUUCUCGCAGGUGCAGAAGAUGGACGCAUACGGUAACACGUACACGCAGACGCUGUGGCCGAAUCACUGCGUCGUUGGCACGGAUGGCGUUGAGAUCGACGCCGAGCUGCGGCCAGAAUUGGAGCGGUUGGGCGACAGCUGCGUACUGGUUCGUAAGGGCUGGCAUCCAGGCGUCGAGGCUUACUCCGCCUUCGCGGGCUACGUGACGCCCUCCGGCUCCCCCUCCGAUCCUCCACCAGCACUUCCCGCCGCCGACUCGUCCGAACUGGCCUCCUUCCUUCGUGCGCGCGGCGUUGGACGAGUCGUCGUUGUCGGCCUGGCCGGUGAUUACUGCGUCUCCGCCACCGCGGUGUCAGCGGCAGAGCACGGGUUCAAGACCGCCGUGCUCCUGUCUGGGACUCGGAGCAUCAGCGAUGAGAAGGCGGGCGAGUGCUGGGAGAAGCUGAGGGAGAAGGGCGGAGAGGUCAUUGGGGACGAGGGCGCGCUCGAGGGAUGGCUGCGGUGA